CAGAGACACUGUAGUUUAGAGGUCAGUUUUGGAGAAUAAAAAUGGCGGCCGCCUUGAGAAGUGUCUCAGGUUUGCUGAGGCCUCUUAUCCUUUUGUCUCAGAGGGGACAGUGUUGUGCCACACAGCUUGCCUCCAGGUUUUCCACCCUGACCCUUAGCCACACCCAGAGACCAGCGAUCUGCUCUGCUGUCCAGCUAUCGCCAGCCUUCCAUAGUCACCUGAGCUGGACACGCAACAUUCUCAAGAAUGUUACUCCUCUGCUUCCAAGUACUGUUCAUCAGCCGGCCAGGACUCUCACUUACAUCAGCCUGAGGAAGGGAAAGCGGAAGUCUGUGAAGUCUGUGGUCAAGAGGUUUCUGCGGCUGCACUGUGGCCUCUGGAUAAGAAAAAAGGCUGGGUACAAGAAGAAACUGUGGAAGAAGAAGCCAGGCAGGAAGCAGAGGCUGAGGCAGCAUGUCUUUUGUAACCGGACCCAGAGCAAACUCCUGGAUAAAAUGACCACGCCCUUUUGGAGGAGGAGGAACUGGUUUGCCAACGACCCCUAUCAGAAGUAUCACGAUCGCACUAACCUCCAGGUUUAAGAGACUCCUAUUGGACCGCAAUGCUACUAAACACUGCUCUUGGAUUUUUCCAGAGUGCAAAUUAAUAAAAUAAUUGAAGCCUGUUCUUUUGUUAUCCAGAAUGCAUUUAGAAGUGUUCUAAGGUGACACAGUAAAUCAUGUUGCUGUUGUUUUUGAAACCCUAGUAAAUGCAAUGUGUAUUACUCCUGUACACACACCUUGUUUGGAAUCUCUUGGCCUUUGUCAUAAAACACCUAUUUAUUUGGCAUAGAAAAUCCAAACAGAUAAUGGAUGUGAUGUGUAUAUUAACUGUCCCCCAAAGAGGAAUUUAUUGUUGGUGAAUUGUUUGUGUAGGUAUUGUUUUUUAAUUUAAUCACAAAUAAAUACAACUGCAUCCCCUGAA